AUGGUUUAUUCUUUGGGAACUGAUGACGUAAAUAAUGCAACUGCAAGAGUACAAACCAAAAAACCUCCAGCGUUACCAACAGUCCCAGUGAUACAAUGGUCUGACGCGACGCUGCGAGCGGGAGUCGCCGCCAUUCAACGCGGCAGGGCAAGAGCCGCGUAUCCCUCAGCUGCAGCCGCAGCUGCUGCUGCAGCAGCUUUCGCCAGGCAUCCAGCACCUCUCACAGCCGGCUCAUUACACGGGUACACUCCAGUUUUAAAUACCUUACCAGUGGAUGGAGGAGUCUAUUAUGACCCGUUCCUAGCUGCGCACGCUGCUGACCAGAAUUACUCAAGGCUGCAGGCAGCCGCAGCAGCAGCCGCAGCAACACCCUUACUAAAAACACCUCUAUCGACUGCUCAACAGGCGAGCUACGCGGCAGCGGCGAGCUACACAGCAGUGGCUGCAAGAUAUGGAGCGGCGGCAGCCGCCCAACCAGUGGCUGGGUAUGCGGCAGUUGCAGGAUAUGGCAGGGAUUACGGCGAUCCUUAUUUGGGACAUGGAAUCGGACCGAUAACUGGAUAUGGGGAAUUCCACUGA